AUGGUUGAGUUUAGAUUCUACCGCAGAGCUCAAAGUUGUUAUCAAUCAAGCUCAUUAAGACACAGAUCCGAAGACCAGCAACUCGAAAAGACGGAUGAAAACGAAUUUCCUGACGGUGGACUUCGAGCAUGGCUUGUUGCGAUUGGCGCAGCGGGAGCUUUCUUCUGUACUCUCGGAUACACCAACGUCUUUGGCAUCUUUCAGGCCUACUACAUGUUCAACCAGAUGCCCGAGAGGAGCGCCGACGACAUUGCCUGGAUUGGAUCUAUUCAGGGCUUCCUAAUCUUUGCUACCGGUGCUGUAGGAGGACCUUUAUUUGACCGCUAUGGUGCUUGGCUUAUCCGUCCUGCUGCGGUGCUAUACAUCUUUGCAAUCAUGAUGACAAGCAUCUGCAAAGAAUACUGGCAGUUCAUGCUCGCGCAAGGCGUUCUAACCGGUCUCGCCAACGGACUCCUCAUGUUCCCAGCCCUCGCCGCUGUGCCGCAGUGGUUCAACGCCAACCGCGGCGCAGCCAUGGGCCUCUCCAUCGCCGGAUCCUCGCUCGGAGCUGUCGUCUUCCCCAUCGUGCUAUCUAAGCUGCUCACAAAGACGGACUUGGGUUUCGGCUGGUCGGUCCGAAUCACGGCCUUUGUCAUGCUUCCUAUCCUAGCCUUUUCCGCCGUCUGCAUUCGUGCGAGACUUCCACCAAGACGCACUCGAUUCUUUCUCUGGAGUUCGUUCAAGCAGCCUAUGUAUGUGCUCCUCAUCAUCUCGCUCUUCUUUGGUAUGGUUGGCAUGUAUGUUCCUCUGUUCCUGCUGCCAACUUAUGCCAUCACCAAGGGCAUGAGCGAAAGUUUGGCGAGUUACAUGGUGGCUAUCAUCAACGCGGCGUCCAUCUUUGGACGAAUCAUCCCUGGUGUUCUCGGCGACAAGUUUGGACGUAUUAACACCCUCAUCGGAGCUACCGCGGCCACGAGCAUCAUCGUCUUUUGCUGGCCCGAGGCAGAGACCAACGCCUCCAUCAUCGUCAUCUCGGCUUUUUUCGGCUUCUGUUCAGGCGCAAUCAUCUCAGGCGGUUCCGUGGCAGUAACUCUCUGCACCGACGAUCCCAAAAACAUUGGCACAUACAUGGGCGUGGGCAUGGGACUGGCUUCGUUCUCAGCUCUGAUCGGCCCCCCUGUCAGCGGCGCCAUGAUUGACAAGUAUGAUAGAUUUCAGGAGGUAUCAUACUUUGCUGGUGCCAUGACAAUGUUUGGAGCUUUGGUUGCUGUUGCUGCCAAAUGGGCAUCGCCAAAGGGGCUCUUCGGGAGGACUUAG